GGGUCCUGCGGCUGUAAAGGGUCGGAUCUCGCCGCAGUACAGUCUCCUUCAGUUCGCCCUCCAGCCGGUGCGCUUCACCACAGACAGCAGCGUCGGGGAGAAGUUGAUUAAACUUGUUUAAGUUGAUCGCCAGACCAAUAUAUUAACAGAUAUAAUGGCUGUUCCCCCAUGCUACGCUGAUCUUGGAAAAUCCGCCAAGGACAUUUUCAACAAAGGAUAUGGUUUUGGUCUGGUGAAGCUUGAUGUCAAGACAAAAUCCUCCAGUGGAGUGGAGUUCAAGACUUCUGGGUCCUCUAAUACUGACACCAGCAAAGUGGUGGGCAGCCUGGAAACCAAAUACAAGAGGUCUGAGUAUGGCCUGACCUUUACGGAGAAGUGGAACACUGACAACACUCUGGGAACAGAGAUCACCAUUGAAGAUCAGAUUGCAAAGGGGCUGAAGCUGACUUUCGAUACGACCUUCUCACCAAACACAGGCAAGAAGAGCGGCAAAGUCAAGACCGCCUACAAACGUGAGUUUGUCAACUUGGGCUGUGACGUCGACUUCGAUUUUGCCGGCCCAACUAUCCAUGGUGCCGCAGUGGUCGGUUACGAGGGAUGGCUUGCCGGUUACCAGAUGUCUUUUGACACAGCCAAGUCAAAGAUGACCCAGAACAACUUUGCUGUAGGCUACAAAACAGGCGACUUCCAACUGCACACCAACGUGAACGAUGGCUCAGAGUUUGGAGGUUCCAUCUAUCAGAAAGUGAGUGAUAACCUGGAGACAGCAGUGAACCUGGCUUGGACUGCGGGCAGCAAUAGCACACGCUUUGGUAUUGCUGCUAAGUACCAGCUGGACAAGGAUGCUUCCAUCAGCGCCAAAGUGAACAACACUAGUCUUGUUGGUGUUGGUUACACGCAGACCCUGAGACCAGGUGUGAAGCUGACCCUGUCUGCCCUGGUUGAUGGAAAGAGCAUCAACGCUGGUGGUCACAAGCUGGGUCUGGGGCUGGAGCUGGAGGCCUAAAGCCCGGCUCUUCCUCAAAUCAGGGACGAGGGAAUAUCAGAGGAAUCUGGCCUUAAAUCUGUCUCCAACAUAACCAGCAGGGGAAUUCUGGAUGGGAUGGGAUGGGAUGUGUUCAAAGGCUACAGCAAAAGCAAUUAUUUUUUUAGGAACCAUUGCAGUGGUGGUUUUAUUUUCCUUUCCCGCUCAUGGUGCCCAUUUUUGGUUUGUAGUUAUUUGUUAUUUCCUCAUCUGAAUCCAGCACUGCCAUAUCAGUGAAAUGCUCCAUUUGCAGCAGUGGGCAUCUAAGCCUGCAUGUUACCUCUUCAGUAAGACAUUGCUUUUGGUGGUCUGGGGACAACUGAUUCAUCCUUUGUGUCAUCUGAUAUUCCUUAGUCGUCUGAGAACAGCUCAUGCAACCACUUAACUCAAUUUUAAAGGUUAUACCUGCUAUUAUUUAAACACCGUUACAUGUCUCAUGUUUUUUUUCUCUUUGUUUUACUUUUGGUUUUCCUUUUCUUUCCAUACACACAAGGACAUGCUUACGCCGUACUGUACCAUUUUUGCUUUGUCAGCCAUCAGAAUUGAAACAUAAUGGAAGAGUACUUGAAGCUUGCCCUUGAACUGAGCAGUUUUCGGGUGGCCCAAUUGGAUGAAUGUCUAAAGGAAAAGAAUUUGCAUUCAGAAAACACGGCUGGCUUUUUGUUUUCUGCACAGACGACUAGGUGAAGCUAAUGGUAAUGCCAAAAUGGAUACUCUGGAUGUGGUGGUUUAGUACCUAAAGCGUUCAGUGUCGCCAUCAUGACCCUGACUUGCUGAGGUCGUACUUUCACGAAACCUUAGAGGUCCUUAUGUGUAUGUGUAAACUUUUCAAUAAAGUCUUUGAACUCCA